CUACCGAAACAACAUCGUAUUAGUUCUGAAACAGCUGAUUUAUACUCGUUCCCCUUUCCACUCUUUCGCCUCAACCAAAAAGAAGAUGGAAGAAGAAGAAGCAGCAUUGAACAUCGGGGGCGAUUCCGAGGAGCGGCAAUGGGUGAUAAGCCGAACAUUAUCAUUUGCAAACAAGAAAAAGUACGGGAAGGCAAUAAUGUGUAUUGAUGUGAUAUGGAACUUGGCCUUUGCUUUGGUCUCAGCGGUUGUGUUGGUUUUAGCUCGUAAGGAGAGACCAUCCGCUCCUUUGAGGAUUUGGGUUUCUGGGUAUGCUUUGCAGUGCCUUUUGCAUGUGGGUUUUCUCUAUCUUCAGCGUCGGAGGAAGGACACCUUUUCUGCCAAGAAUAUCACUCACUACAGAAUUUUGAAGAGGUUGGAGUCAAUUGAUACAAUGAUUUCCUUCGUCUGGUGGAUUACUGGUUUCUAUUGGAUUGUUGCUGGCGGUCAAGCAUUGCUGCAGGAUUCUCCUCAACUCUACUGGUUGACAGUGGUCUUUCUGGCCUUUGAUGUAUCCUUUGCAUUCUUCUGCAUCACAAUGGCAUUUAUCUUUAUUUUCGCUGUCUUUUGCUGCAUUCCGCUUGUAGCAAUUGCAUAUGCUGUUGCAACCAGACAAGGUGCAUCAGAAGACGAAAUUCUGAGUCUUCCCAAGUAUACGUAUCGCUUGGCUAGUCCUUUAGGGACAUCUGAAAAUGCUGAGAAGCAAGAUAUUAUUGAUGCUAGGGUGGGGUCAAGCAACUCCUCCAAUGAACUUGCUCUUUAUCAAGAGGAUUCUGAAUGUUGUAUUUGCCUUUCUCAAUACGCAGAUGGUGUAGAGCUGAAUAGAUUACCUUGCAACCACCAUUUUCAUCGCAGAUGCAUCAGCAAAUGGCUCCAUAUCAAUGCAACCUGCCCUGUCUGCAAGUUUAACAUCCGCAGCAGUGGUGAUACUUUGGUUUGACCAUCUUUGUUCAUGAAUUACACUCUAGCUAAUUAAUCGAUCAUUUUCUUUUUGAUCGUCUUACCUGAUUGUAAAAGAACAAAAUUCGGAGGACAUCCUUUUCUACAGAA